AUGACCUCACUCAAUCCUCAACUGGUCCUGUAAGUUUUCCCUGCGCUUAUUUAGGUCCGAGUGAAUGAGGCCAAGGUGAUGCUGCGCUAGCGCCGACUGUUCUCACUCCGAGAACCAAAAAGUGUGCGAACCCAUCUGAAAGGCACGAGAUCGCUCUCGAGCCUCACUGGUUCCGAGUCCAAACAGAAAGGAUCAAACGGUGUAAUUCGCAGGCGAAGAAAGACUACUAA